ACCGCGAACUGUUAUAGAGGCGGCGAAUGUUGCGGCUGCCGGACGCAGGAGCAACAACGUUGCUCUAUCGUGGGUCUGAGUUUCCGAGCUAGGAGGCACUAGGCAGCAGUUGAGACUUACGAAAAUAGUAGUGUUUUAGUGUUAUUUAUCGGGAUGGUGCGCGUCAUAUUACGCUGUUAAAGAGCAUUAGCAUUAUAAAGAGGUACGGUGUUUAUGUACAAAUGGUGUAAAUAAGUAAUAGAUCAGCAUCAUUUACGCACCUACUUAGGAGAGGAAAGGGUGAAGUGUAAGGAACCGGUACUUUGUUUGUGCUGUGACUUUAAUUGUACAGACUUAUCUUGUUUGGCAACAUCUGUCGACAACGCGCUGCAGUGCAUACCUAACGAUCUCUCUCCAAACGGGAAACCGAUAACAACAGUGAUUUGUGAAAGAGAAGAAACAUUACGGAAACCAGAGUCAUUAAAGUUCGCCAGAUAAAAAUAGAAGUGACGUGACUGAGCAGAUAUGGAUGUAAAGUUACCCGCCUUUUAAAACGAGUUUCACAAAAGACAAAUAAAUCAAUACCCGCUCUUUUCCGAUAGGAAAUGUACUUGUGUUUUCGCUUACUCGGGGAGCAAGUCUACAAAAUACUUUGUUGAUGUUAUUAUUGUUGUUCUUGUUAGGGGGGUCGGAAAACCGUAUGGAAAAAGCUAAAACGGCCUCAAAAAGGUGUUUUGCGUUGAGUUAAAGAUAUAGGAACUUUAGGAUGACGAUGGCUAACCAGGAUAAUGCGUCAGUGCCACUCAACGUGGUUCACUCACAACGAGAUCAUUACAGGGAGAUGCGAAACGCCUUGAUCAACGGUGACCCAAAGGCCUUACAAUUUGCCAUGAGUCACUUGUCCAGUGCUGAUUUAGAUCGUUGUUACAAAUACAGUGCAGACAAUUUCUUCACAACCCCGGCUUCAAGUCUACCCAAGGACAUGCAGGAUGAUCUGCUCCACAAGACCAAGACAAAGAUCUCCCCUCUCCAUUAUGUGACAAUGCUGGGAAAUAAAAAAUGCCUUAAUUCUACUAGAAGGUGGCGCUAAUCCCAACAUCAAGAACACUUUUGGUCAAACGCCCCUACAUAUAUUACCAAGAGGUAGGUCAAGGAGCCCAGACAAGGAUUUUGAGGGCUGCUUUGAAGCCAUAAUGUCUUGUCAAAAUACAGACUUUAAUCGACUCGAUCUGUCCAAUUCUACGCCAUUUUCUGAGGCUAAAAAAUAUCAGUGGACCUUCAUGAUGAAUAGACUGGAAAUAUCAGAAAUAGACAGUUCAACUGACAAAAGAGUGUCCUUGAUGAACUGUGAUAAACUAACUGUUUUAGCUGAUGCAUUACUAAAAGAACUUUUAAAUGAGAACCUUGAUGAAUUCCGGAGUAUACUACAUGCUAUGAAAACUCCUAGUGCAAAGAGGGUGACAGUGUUGAACGAAAGCCAUGGGAGCUAUACACUGUUGCAGUAUGCAAGUAAACGCGGAUUGUUAGGAUUUGUGGAUGAAUUGUUAAAGCAUGGUGCAUCCCCAACAAAAAAGGAUAACAUCAACAUCCUGUCUGCAGUCUUACUGGCCACCAAACAUGGCCAUCACAAGAUUCUCAGGAGACUUGUGGACAGCAUGACACAAGAAGAUCUCAUAAAUGGUGCUCUUCAAGUAAGCAGUGAAGAACAGGAAACUCCACUACACAUGACAGUCAUGUGUCACAAUUCCCACAGCAGUGAUGAGGUUAAUUAUUACCAGUGUCUGCAGAUUCUCCUUGAAUACAAGAGGUUUCUCAAUCUUGAUGCAAAGAAUGAUGACGGCAACACAGCUCUACAUUAUGCUGCCCUCUGCCGAGACCUCCGUGCAUUUCGCGAUCUUCUCAAAAGUGGUGCAGACUUCAACAUUAGGAAUAUUGUUGGCCUAAGUCCAUUACAUUAUAUAAAGAAGGAAAGUAUGACACAAUUAUUAGAUAACUUCAUUAAAAUUAACACAAACGAAAAAAUAAUUGAUAAGAAUUUCUGGAUUUCUCUUGAUUAUGGAAUAAUGAACAGGAGAAAUAGAUCUAAUGCACCAAUAAAUGUGUGCAGGAGUUCAACAAAACCAACUGAAAUGGAUUUCCUUAGUUUAGCCUCUGAAAUAUUUGAAGAUUCAGACAUACUCUACCAUCCCUUACUUGAUGUCUUCUUGAACAUCAAGUGGCGAAAUAUCAGACGAUAUUUCUAUGUUAAUUUCAUUAUCCAUUUUGCUUU